GGCGCGGGCUGGUGGCGCGGCGCGGCAUGUUGAAGCUGGCUGUGGGGCUGCUGCUAGCGGCCGCCGUGGCGCUGCUGCUGGAUUGCUACAUGCCGUCGGGGGCGCCGCCGCCCGUGGGUCAGCGUCGCCGCUCGUGGGCCCCUCAGCCCGCCCCCGGGGCAGAGGCCGACUACCUGCUGUGGGUAGUGCAGGUGUCAGAUAUUCAUAUCAGCAAAUUUCAGGAUCCCAAACGAGCUUCCGACUUAGAGAAGUUCUGUACUGAAACGAUUGAUAUCAUUCAGCCAGCACUUGUUCUAGCAACGGGUGAUCUGACAGAUGGUAAGACAAGAGAUAAACUGGGAUCUGAUCAGAUAGAAGCAGAAUGGAAAACUUACCAGGCAGUCCUGAAGAGACUAAGGGUCAUGAAAAAAACCAAGUGGAUAGACAUCAAAGGGAAUCAUGAUUCCUUCAACGUUCCACACCUGAACAGUGUUCGGAACUACUACAGGAAAUACUCUGCCUGGCGUAAAGAUGGCUCUUUCCAUUACAUCCACACCACUUCUUUUGGGAACUAUUCAUUCAUCUGUGUGGAUGCCACACCCAACCCAGGCCCUAAGAGACCCUAUAACUUCUAUGGGAUUUUAAACACGAAUCAAAUGGAAGAGCUGUCUCUGAUGGCAAAAGAGAGUCUGCACAGCAAUCAUACAAUCUGGUUUGGCCAUUAUCCCACCUCAACAAUCAUCUCCCCAGCCCCAGGAAUAAGAGCAUUAAUGAGUUCUGCCACAGCCUACUUAUGUGGACAUUUGCACACAAUGGGUGGGCUGAUGCCAGUCUUGCACAGUCAGCACCAUGGUGGCACUCUGGAACUCGAAUUGGGAGACUGGAAGGAUAACAGGAAGUAUCGGAUCCUUGCCUUUGAUCAUGACCUCCUCAGCUUUGCAGAUCUGAAGUUUGAAGAAUGGCCUGUAGUUCUCAUCACCAAUCCCAAAUCCUUCCUUUACAGCAGUUCUGCUCAUGAACCACUAGUCAGAAUUCUUCAUUCCACUCAUAUCAGAAUUCUGGCCUUCUCUCCUUCUGUCAUUGUCUCCGUCGACGUCCAUAUAGAUGGAGUUGACUUGGGGAAUGCACAGCAGGUCUCUGGCCCUCUCUAUGUGCUGAAGUGGAGCCCUCAAAACUACAGCGAAGGGUUCCAUCACAUAGAUGUGACUGUCCAGGAUGCUUCAGGAAGAAUUAGCACACAGAGUCAUGUAUUUGCUAUGGAUGAAAACCUCUCUCUAAGAUUUGCCUUUUGGCCAUCUGUUAUCCUUCUCACUGACUUCUAUGUUCUAGCUCGUGUGCUCUUUGGGAUUAUCGUGCUGAUUCAGAUUGCCUUGCUUGUUGUUUUCAGAUACCUCCAAAAGCCAGCACUCAAAGAAAAGCCAGGAUUACUUACUCUCACCUCGUAUUCCCUUCAUGUCUUCAGUAAAACAAACACCUUCUUUUACUCAGUUCUGGUUCUGAAUUUAUACACCAUUCUUGGACCAUGGUUUGUAGGUGAACUGAUAGAUGGCCAACUAGGAGCUUGUUUUUCCUUUGGAGUGUUCACUGGGGGUUCCUUCCUACAGGGCAGUCUGACAUUUUUUGUUGGCAUUUUACAGAUGUUGUUCUUCAACCUGCCACUCACAGCCUAUCUGUGCUGGUGCCUGCUGCUGCGAUGCCAGGGUCACAGCUUCCGCUCCCACUUCCGUCAUGUCCGACGCCUCACAGCUGUGCUUGUUCACCUGGCAAUGGCACUGCUGCUGGCCUGGCAGGUCUACUCCUGCUAUUUCCUGCAGAGAACCUACGGGACCUUGGCUUUCUUCCUCUCCCCAAUGAGAACGUGGCUGGUGGUGCUGACCUCGGCUCUGAUUUAUAAAACCUGGACACUACAAUCAUCUGAGCUCAGAACUUACAUGGUAGAAAUGAAAAACUGUCAGAGCUCCUGAAGGACAACUUCAAGUAUUCAGAGUUCUUGUACUUAAAAACUGUCCACCUACAGUUUUGUGAUGCUGAAUUCCCAGCUGCACCUGCAUUGCUACAGAGCUGCAUUAAAUAGUAAAUGUAUAACAAUAUGCAAUAAAUGUUUUUAUUGUAUUCUGUUAUACAGUAUACUGUAUACUAGCUGUUCUACAAUACAGUUGCACAGUAUUGUCAGGGGUUAGGGCUGGACAGCCACUAGACAAGUGACAGACACUCUCUAUUAAUCCCUCUCUUUUCCCAAAGGGAAAGAGAAAGGAAAUAAGAGAGAGAGACUAAGGGGUUGGGAAAGAAAACUAAAACAGCUUUAGUGAAAAUAGCAACAAUAAUAGUGAGACAAUAACAACAAUCUACAAAAACAGUAUCUAUCCCAACCCCACUGCUGGCAACGAUGUCAUCACCUCCACUGCUGCUGUGGCACUGGGGAAGUCCCAGACUGCACUCAGCCAUGGAUGGGAACUGGAUUCAGGAACAUACAGGUCAGGACUGAAGGCAGAAGGAACAGAAUCCUCCUCAGACACCAGCCAUUGAAGAAGCAGCUUCACCCUUGUGAACCGCAGUUUUA